CGUUGCCUUCGUGUGAUAAUGGCGUGGAUUAGGAAAACUUUCUGCAUGGUUGACUUUGUGUAACAUUUUUCUGUAACAGUAGACAAUGUUUAACACUUUUACAGCUGUGCUUUGAACCGAAUUAUCCCAUCGAAGUAUUAUAUGGGCUCUGAGAGUCAAGCCUUUGUGCUGCUUUUGUGUUUUAUUAACCAGUCUAGAAGUUGAGCUGAUUCACGGUGUUGCUGCGCUUCUUCAUUGUUUCGUGUGUGCUCUUCUCCGUGAAGGAUCAACCUGUGCAAGUUCACUAACGUAAGGCAGAGUUGGAUAAGGUCUGUUAGAGAGCUGUUGAUGGUGCACGAACAGGCCUGUGCUGAAGCUGAAUGAGUUGAGUUUGGUGUAACGUGAGUGUGAUCGUGUGUACAGACACUUUGUAACGGGUUUUCUGGCAUUUAGACACAUUUGAUACCAUUAUAUCCAUGACGUAAUGACAUACCAUUAAACCGUCACGUUAGCUCGUCCUUAUGGCGUGCCGCGUGCAUUUAAAAGUGCAAAGACUGUAAAAUAACGAGUACGUUCUGUGGUGGAGAAGUAUUUUAAAUCAAGGCAAAGAUAGAGAUGUAUCAGAUUGUUGUCUUGUUAAAAGGAAAAAGGAACAUUUUUGAGCAGGUACACCUGACUUUCAGCUAUUUAGUUGAGAACUGAAACUACUGCUCAUCUUCACUAUGAACCAAUCUGCAGAUUACAUUCACCAGCCACUUUAUUAGGUACAUCUUGCUAAUACUUGGUCAGUUUGGCAUUUGCAUUCAGAACUGCCUUAAUUCAUCAUGGCAUAGAUUCAAGGAGGUGUGGGAAAUAUUCUCAAGAGAUUUUGGUCCACGUUCACAUGAUAGCAUCACAGAGUUCUGAUGCAGAUUUGUUAGCUGCAGAUCUAGGAUGUAACUUUCCACAUCCCAAAGGUGCUCUGUUGGAUUGAGACCUGUUACUUUCGUCAUGCAGCUGGUGAUCCGUCGGUACCGUCCUGCAGACAAGGACACAGUGCUCACCCUCUUCAGUAAUUGCAUCUUGGAGCAUAUCCGUCCAUGUUUCUAUAACGCCAUGACCAGUCGCCUUUACCUCACCAUCACCCCGACUCUGUGUGUUGUUGGUUAUCUUCUUGGCUCUGUGUUUGGGGCUGUGCUGUUCCUAGCAGCUUGGGUAGGUCUCAUUUACUACUGCUGUCAUGAAGUAUAUGCCAGUGUCGUCAGGGUGAGACUUCGCACCGACAUGCAGGACAUCCCUGGGAAUUUCCUCAGCAGACCUGAUGACUGUUUCUGGGUGGCUGAGGCCAGAGUUGGAGCGAGAGCCCAGGUUGUUGGUAUGGUGGCUGUGGUAGCUAAACACAGUGGGACAGAAAAGUAUGGGGAAAUGUUCAGAAUGAUCAUUUCCCCACAGUAUAGACGGAUGGGCCUCGGCUUUAGGUUGACUCAGACCGCGGUUGACUUCUGUAAAGAACAGGGCUUCUCCAAGGUGGUGUUGCAGACUACCUCCACCCAAAUGGCAGCCGUGGUUCUGUACAGCAAAGUGGGGUUUAACCGUGUCCAGUCUAAUGUCAAAGGACUGGCAGCUCAUUGGAUCAUUUCACUGGCCAGGGUCACAAUUAUAAGGAUGGAAAAAUACUUGUAAAUCAAAAAUAACAGUCAUUAGCAAUGUGUUGUUUUCACGCUUUGCUCCUCUUUAACAGUGGUUUAAUAUUUGGCAAUGGUUAAACUUGACUGUAAUCAAAACGUUGUUCAGGUGUGAAUUGACUUAACUGAAAGUAAGGAGCAAGAUGUUGUUACUAAAACCUUCUGGUUUCCUCUUUAUAGAGUACUUUACAUAUUCUCUGACUACACCUUAAGCCCUAAAAAAAUUGUCUGUUACAACAUAAGCCCAAUUAGCAGCUCUAGUCCCGUGAACCAAGAUUCACUAACAGUUAAUCCUUACAUUGUGUACUUUUCAGUGAUGAUUAGAAUAAUUUAAUGUAAUGAGUUGUACUGACCACUUUCAGCUGUAUUCAUUUAAAAAAGAAAGGAAAAAAAAUGUUUCACAAUCUCUGUGUUCAUUCGUCAUCCUUGUUAUGUGAGAAGGAAGGUCUGAUGUACUUUCUACUACUAAUUCUACUAAUUGCCAAGAUUUGGAGAAACGUUUUAAAAUGUCAUAACUGAGAUACAGUACACACAACAUAUUGUAAGCACAUGAUACAAAGUAUGUAAAAAUGUUGUAUGUCGUAAUAAUAUUAAUAAUAAAAACAUUAACUUUUAAAAGGUAAAUGUAGAGAAUUUAUAUGCAUUAGAGUGGACUUAAAAUUCUGAUUAAACUAUUCGAUUGUUUUACACCUUUUUUCCUUGAUGUAAUCAGAAUAACUGAGAUAUUUGCUUAUGAAAUGAAGACAUGAUUAUUAAGACUGAUAAUGUUGAAAAUUAAAUCACAAAUCUAAAUUCAGUAUGUUGUGCCCCAGCCUGUACUGUAGAUGUGAACGUGAACAGCAGAGGGCACUAUUGAUCUAAGUAAAACUGAAGCUCUUUUGAUGAAAAUCAGUAUUUUCUGAUAUUGUACUGUAUUUACUUCUUUUUAUACCAGAAAGUAGGAGUUUAAAAUAUGUGUGCACCAACAACACUGCUGGGAAGUAAAUACAGUACAUUUUCUAAUAUGCUUUGUGAACUCAAGUUUUACAUCUAGAAUAUGUUGUGAUAGACUGUGACGCAGAAUAUGAAACCAUAACAGAUGACCUAGUGCACAACUUUUCAUGGGUAAUGGUAGUAGUUUGAAACUCACUGACUGCUGUAGAUGGUGUUCAUUAAAACUUCCAACAUUUUAAAAUUCUA